CUUUGCAGCGGUCAAACCCCGUAGGUUUAGGAAUGAGCUGGCUUCAAUGCUCUGCACGAAGGGGGAAGUGCAGAUGCAUAUCGAGGCUAAAAUGUUAUGGCAGCAUCGUCAAAGUGCGCUCAUCUAACGUAGAUCUUGGAGCUGGGAGUUACGAAGAUGGGAGUCGCGAGGACAGCCCAAGGAAUCUCGCCAACGGUUCUAAUUCUCCGGCUUCUCCUAAAUUGUUUUGCUUGGAUCAAUGGGAGCUCUUUCACUCAUGACGAUUUUGUCUGUGGUUAUUGGUCGGAUAUUUCAGUCAGUGCCAGCACAAUUUCAGACUGCAUUACCAAUUGGAGAGUAUGCUGCUGCAGCUCUUCUUGCAUUCUUUGGUUUAAAGUCAAUAAUAGAUGCAUGGAAACUUCCAUCAAAUGUGGAUAAGAAUCCUGGAGCAGGUCCAGAACUUGGUGAGCUUGUUGUGGCCGAGGAGCUUGUUAAAGAAGAGGUAUCCAAAAUUCUCAGAAGUCCUCUUGAGAUCCUUGGAAAGUCUUUCAGCCUUGUCUUCUUUGCGGAAUGGGGCGAUCGCUCAAUGCUGGCUACCAUUGCCUUGGGGGCUGCACAGUCUCCUUGGGGUGUCGCCUGUGGAGCAAUCGCCGGACACCUGUUUGCAACAUCUCUUGCUAUAUUAGGUGGAGCUUUUCUUGCCAGAUACAUUUCUGAGAAAUUGGUUGGCUACAUUGGUGGACUGCUGUUUCUGAUUUUUGGUGCAGCCACACUUUUGGGAGUUUUUUGAAUGUUACAAGUCUGCACUGGAGUGAUGCUAAACCUAAAGGAAUUAUCUUUAUUUGUAAAAUAAAUAGCAGAGUGAUGGCUUUCUUUUUUGCGGCUGUAUCUUUAGUUUAUACAAAUGAAAUGCAUUAUUAAAAUCUAUUGCUGCCUUGCCAGCUAAUGUAUUGUAUAUACUUUCUCUAGAGAUGUUGCAGGAAUAAAAGCCAAUGUAUUAUACAUACUUUCUCUAGAGAUGUUGCAGGAACAGUUCAUUUUUAUACUUUUGAAUC